AUGCUUCCGAUCCUCUUGGCCGUGUCUCUGUGCACGAUCGUCUGCCUCACUGUGGUGUCCCUCUCCGACGGGAAAAUGAGGAGGACUGCGAGCGAGCCGUCUCUGGCCGAGUUAGCAGCCCGGGAGGUCCCACCGCCCGCCUCGCGCCAUCGCAACAUCAGUGCAUCCGUUUCCGUUCCCGACGAAAGGCGUGGAUGUGCUGCCGAGCUCUCCGAGCCCGACUCUGCUGGCGACGCUGAGGUUCCUGAACAUCGUGUUGAAUUCGGCCAGUGGAAAGAAGGCCAGAAUGAGGGCGAAAAGAUACGCAAGGUGUCUUACCACGUCCAACUGAAUAAUCCGCUGGGUCCGAAAACAGCAUUGUGCACACAAGACCAGGUCCUGGACAAAGCCACGAGACCAGGACAUCUCUACGCAGUAAAUUGUGAGGUCACCGCUCAUGGGAUCCCAUAUGGCGACAACUUCUCUGUUCUUUUGCAUUUCUGCAUGACUCGUAUAUCUCCGUCUCAAUCCUCGCUCCUCCUCUUCGGCCAAAUCAAGUACAAGAAAUCCACAUGGGGCUUGAUCAAGAACUUCAUCGAGAAGAACACCAAUUCCGGAAUGGAUGAACAUUACGGACAACUGGUUUCAGAGUUGCUGCGUGUUACUGGAGAGGAAAUGAGCAGGAAGGCACGAGUCCGGGGACGACGGAUAUCCAUACGCGACUCGUACGCGACGGGAGACGCACUGAGCCCCGAAUCCCCUCUCGCUCAAGUGCCAUCGCGUCCACGGCUGAUGCUUGCUUACACUCUUGGAAGGGAAGCAUCUGAUAGCAGCUCCAGUCGAGACGGGGAUGGGCAUGAGAUGCUUCCGAUCCUCUUGGCCGUGUCUCUGUGCACGAUCGUCUGCCUCACUGUGGUGUCCCUCUCCGACGGGAAAAUGAGGAGGACUGCGAGCGAGCCGUCGCUGGCCGAGUUAGCAGCCAGGGAGGUCCCACCGCCCGCCUCGCGCCAUCGCAACAUCAGUGCAUCCGUCUCCGUUCCCGACGAAAGGCGUGGAUGUGAUGCCGAGCUCUCCGAGCCCGACUCUGCUGGCGACGCUGAGGUUCCUGAACAUCAUAUUGAGUACGGCCAAUGGAAAGAAGGCGAGAAUGAGGGCGAAAAGAUACGCAAGCUGUCUUACCACGUCCAACUGAAUAAUCCGCUGGGUCCGAAAACAGCAUUGUGCACACAAGACCAGGUCCUGGACAAAGCCACGAGACCAGGACAUCUCUACGCAGUAAAUUGUGAGGUCACCGCUCAUGGGAUCCCAUAUGGCGACAACUUCUCUGUUCUUUUGCAUUUCUGCAUGACUCGUAUAUCUCCGUCUCAAUCCUCGCUCCUCCUCUUCGGCCAAAUCAAGUACAAGAAAUCCACAUGGGGCUUGAUCAAGAACUUCAUCGAGAAGAACACCAAUUCCGGAAUGGGUGAAUACUACGGACAACUGGUUUCAGAGUUGCUACGUGUUACUGGAGAGGAAAUGAGCAGGAAGGCACGAGUCCGGGGACGACGGAUAUCCAUACGCGACUCGUACGAGACGGGAGACGCACUGAGCCCCGAAUCCCCUCUCGUUCAAGUGCCAUCGCGUCCACGGCUGAGUGAGAUUCGUAGACCAUUAGUCCUGGACAAAGCCACGAGACCAGGACAUCUCUACGCAGUAAAUUGUGAGGUCACCGCUCAUGGGAUCCCAUAUGGCGACAACUUCUCUGUUCUUUUGCAUUUCUGCAUGACUCGUAUAUCUCCGUCUCAAUCCUCGCUCCUCCUCUUCGGCCAAAUCAAGUACAAGAAAUCCACAUGGGGCUUGAUCAAGAACUUCAUCGAGAAGAACACCAAUUCCGGAAUGGAUGAACAUUACGGACAACUGGUUUCAGAGUUGCUGCGUGUUACUGGAGAGGAAAUGAGCAGGAAGGCACGAGUCCGGGGACGACGGAUAUCCAUACGCGACUCGUACGCGACGGGAGACGCACUGAGCCCCGAAUCCCCUCUCGCUCAAGUGCCAUCGCGUCCACGGCUGAGUGAGAUUCGUAGACCAUUA